AUGAGCAUAGCAGCCUGCCUCUUUGCUACAGCAGAUGCUCAAGGACGUCCACAAAACCCGGCUAGAAUACCGAUGGAAGACAUCAAAUCGUUGUAUUUUAAAGAUGGACAUAAAACGUUAUCAAGAAGAAAAAACCCCUUGCCACAAUUACAAUGUAUAGGAAAUAGCAAACACAUCUGUGAUACUUAUGGUCCUGAUAUCGUCUUGUGUAAGAACCAAGGUGAUGGUGCUUGGAAGUGCGAGGCAGAUCUCCAUCAUAGCGUACGAUUCGGAACAGUGGACGUAUCUUGUGAAGGCUGGGAAGGGCCACAUGACGAUUAUGUGAUGCGAGGAAGCUGUUUAUUAAAGUAUACAAUC